AUGUCGGGCCGCUUAGACAGUCCCUCCUUGAAGCUGCAAGAGCUGUUGCCCGACGAUGGCUACAUGGAGGAGGACUGCGCCAGCAUGGAUUCCUGUUUUCUCUGUAAGGAUUUGGAAUUCUCGACCUGGGAGAAGAAGCAGUACUUGGACCAAAUAGAGCAGUGGAAAUGGAAGCAUACUGUCGCCCGCUGGAGUGUUCGUGCCUCCUUGUGGUGCGAGGCAAUGCCCGAAAUGCUGACGGAUGAGGUUCCGGUCGGGCUUCACGACACCGACCGCGGCUUCAAAAGUGAAGAUGCGGCUCCAAUGAGCUUUGUGACGGCCUUUUUGUUGAGAAAAGCGUUGCUGAGAGAUGGAAAGAAGCCGUGGGUGCAGACCGCCGGGCCGCAGCACAAGGGAGAGUCUGACAAGGAUGCCUUAAAGCAGCGGCAGCUCGUGGGAACUGAGAAGGAGAUCUUCGCUCGCUAUGAUGGAAACAAUCCAGACGUUUUGAAUCUGGAGAUGCCAUCAGUGGUUUACAAGUUCAAAGGCGAGCUCCUGUCCAAUGAGAGUGCAGAGACUUCAGAUGUGACCUGGAUGUUAGCCUGUCGUGUGCAAAUUGUUGUGAAUGUCUUAACGGGUCUGAAGUGCUUGAAUGUGCAGGCAGCAUGUCUUGCGAGCGCUGCAGCCUGGCCAAAGUCCAAGUCAGGCCUCAAAGUGGGCCACUUCCGUUUGGAGGAUGCAGCAGUGCUGACACAGCGCUUUGCACAACAUGUUCCUCAACCGCCCCAGAGCUUCUUUUGCGAGGUGAUCAAGCAAAUAGAACCACCCUUACAUCGUUGGGCGCAAGAGAGAACGAUUGCAUGUCCAGUUUCGAGAGACCGAGAAGAAGAAGCAAGUCCAAUCACAGGCACUACUGCAGUGGUGCUAGCAGAUGCGUUUGCUCGAAGCCGCUGCUAUGAUGGCAGUAAACUUCUCGGCAUGGUUUGUCUUGCUACACCGCCAACUUUGCCACUCUCUCCGGUUGAGGUGCUUCAGUUCACACAGUCCUUGACCUUGCUGGGUGCCUCCAGCUUUCACAAUCCCUCCGUGAGAGGCUUCCUUCUCAUGCGGCUUAAGAUAGCAGCGGAGCAGAUGGAUGGUUCCAGCUUGGCACAAUGUGCUAAACACCUGGCCGAUGCAGGCCUCUAUUCGCCUGAAGUCAGUGAAGAGGUUGCACGCCAGCUGGCAGGCAACCCGUGGUCCUUCACUGCUGCAGACUUACAAUGCUUAUUGCCGCACUUCGGGAAAUGGAAGCUUGGUGAGUUGCAGAAGAAAGCCUUCCACACACUGGGAAGACGAUUCGCAGAACAUGCAGAGUUGCUGACCCCCACACAGGCAUUGCAAGUAAUAGAAACCUUCACGGACAUCGGCAACGUUCAUGAGGUGGCUUUGCAGACGCUCUUCUUGCGGCUCUUGUUGGAGCGCUCCUUCAUAGAGCUAGGAGUUGGGGUGGCUCGACUUGCUGCAUCAAUGUCCAAGGUUCAGCAUUAUCAUACAGGACUCUUGCGAGAGAUCAUUGCUUACAUCCAGGAAGAGCCAGAAGUCUUACGGACUUGGGCUGCCGCAGAUCUAUCGGGCACCUUGAGGAGCAUGGGUCUUGCACCCGUUCGUGUGCCAUCGGCAAUUCAAGUCCUGGUUGGCUGCCGCUAUUCGGCGCUUUUGCCCAACAUGAACAACUCCGACCUGAAAGACUUGUUUGAGAUUAGUGGUUGGCACCCUGAAGUGCUUCGUGGCGUAGUUCUGCGUGCUGGACGUGUGCUGAUGCCACGGCUUUCAGCAGCACAAGAGUGGGGUCCACGAGCCUGUGUCGAUGCUGCUCUGGGCUUGGUGCUUGCAGCCGACGUGGGACCGAAGAAGGCCUUCUCUCCAUGCCACGGCUGUGCCUGCGGUGCAGCUGGUCAAUCUGCUUCUUUAUCUCCGAACAAGUUCCGGACAGAGCAGCCAGAGUGGCAACUUCAGGUUGUUCUUCGUGCAGCUCGAAGCUACAAGCAACGUGGAUUGCGACAGACUGUGGCAAGGCCAGAGAUGCCGUUGAAGGGAAGUUCGCAACAUUUGUUCUUCCACAACGAGCCAGCUGCUCAAAUUCUUCCAAUUGCGGCCUGCCAGGCUCCUUGGUCUUUGACACAGGGCCGGCGCCACCGGCGGCUGAAGAUAGCGCCAGUCCUAGCAGCGAUGCUGGGAGAGGUCUUUCCCCUGCUACUCGGGCGGCUGCGCGAGCUAUCUCAGGCCCUGUCAGAAUUGCCUGGUGCAGCAAUGCCGAAUGCACUCAUUGAGGGCUUGCCGCCGCCCCUGGAGAGCGUCGGAGGACCUUUGCCACCGUCAAGGCAAAUUCUUUCAGAGGAGAAUAUCCUGGCACCUCCAGCUUUACUUCCGGCGCAGUCGGAAUGGUGGGAGGAUGCUGCGGCUUCGACAGAAGGUGUCCAGGCUGAGAUCGCUGAGCGAGAACUGGAGACUAUGAGACGAUCUGAAAUGCUCCAGGUUUGCGUGCAAACACUGGCUGUGAUGCAGCUCUUCUUCUCAGCAGGCUCCUCAUCUCAGCUUUCUGAAGCUCUGCCUCGAGAGACCUUGCUGACAUUGGCAAGGCUGGUUCCCAUGGUCAACUAUUUGCUUCGUCCACGACGUGAUGAUCCGAUCGCCCAGCGCUUUCAGCUGGGACCCUUGCGGAUUGAGGCGUUCGUCAGGCGCCCUGACGAGCGGAUGCAGCAAGAAGUCUACAAGGUCUUGCAGAAUAUGAUCCCCUUCAUACCACGCUUUAUGGGCUGGGAAACAUGGGAUUUGCGACCGCAGGACACGCUGAAUGGGGAGGAGACCGGCGGUGCUUUUAUGACUUUGCAACGCGAUCUGGAGAUUCCGCCGUUCAUCGUUUGCUUGGUGCUGAAAAGAGAGCAUUGGGACUUGCACUUUGAUGGCCAACAUCCAUAG